AUGGCAACCUUCGACGCGGCUGUCUCCGGCCCGGACGCGGUGCCUGACCUCCAGCUCGCCGCACACCAGUACAAUCAGCUCCUCCACUUGCUGGUCUCCGUGGACGGCACCGUCUUCCCCUUCACCCGGCCACCGCCACGCGGCGCGUACGUGGAGGGCGCCUACGAAGCCUUCAGGCUCGUCUCCUCCAUGCGGCAGAAGUACGGGCUCGUGCCACGCCUCCGGUCCUACAGCACCGUGCUUGCCGCGUUCCAGCGUGCCGGAGAGGCUGGCAAGGCCUACGCGGUCGAGGCCCACAUGACGGCCUCUGCUGCAUCGCCGGAAGAGCUCGAGCUCGCCGCGCUCCUUGAGGUCAGCGUGAAGGCCAAGGACGCAAACAAGGUGUUUGAGUAUAUGCACAAGCUGCGGCCUCCAUGCUGGGCCGAGGAGGAGAAGAAGGGGAAGAAGGGGGGCACGUCGGAGGUGCUGGUCGAGCGUGCCAUCGAGGAUGUUGAUGAUGGCAGCAUGGGCGAGGCCGGGGAGGAGAUCAUGGAUGAUGCUUUACCGCCUGAAUUUGUUGACCUGGAACAAGAGGGUAAGGUGGAUGUGAGAACGGAAGCGCACGCCGUGGUGCAGGAUGUCGUGGUGUCUGAAGCACCUGAGGUGCCGGAACCAGAGGUGAAGAGUGAGGAGGUGGUGGUUCGGGACACAACCAAGGUGCAUCCUGCGCAUCAACCAGAGACGAAGGCCGAUGAGGUGCUGGUCAGGGAUACGGACAAGGCUAUUGUGGUGCAGGAAAUGGAAGCAAAGGGUGAGGUGUCACGGUCUCGUGAGGCAGCUGGUGCGCAGACUACAGAGGCGGGCUACUUUUGUUGCUGGUGGUACGGGGGUAGGCAGUGGCGGUGGCUGCUGCUUAGAUGUCUUUGCUGGUUCAGAGAGAUAGAUGGAGGUGAGUUUGUUCUGUGCUUAUGAUCGUGUUUGAUAAUGCCUGUUCAAUGAGAGUGCCAUUCAGUCAAUUGUUUGUAUGAAUUCUGUAAAAGUUGUGUUACUAUGAGUGA